AUGGCUAUAGGACAAAAAGCGGAGUUUGGAGAGGAUCGCCUCUCAAAGAUCGCCAAAGCCGAUCCCAUCAGAUGGUGGAAUAAACCAAACCUUCGCUUUUUGUAUCUGAUCCUGGUCCCAUGUGGCCUCGGUGUUGAAUGGACGUCUGGGUUUGACUCCUCCAUGAUGAACAGUCUUAAUGCUGUUGAUUCUUGGGUGGAGUAUUUUAACCAUCCCAGCUCAUCACGCCUCGGCCUCCUCAAUGCAAUGUAUUCCCUCGGUGCUCUCAUGGCUAUUCCAUUUGUUCCUACGGUAUCCGAGUAUCUUGGCCGACGCUGGACCAUUUUGACUGGCUCAUUUAUCAUGAUGAUAGGUGCUGGAUUACAAACCGGCUCGGUCAACGAUCACAUGUUUCUUGCAUCUCGGUGGGUUCUCGGAUUCGGAAUCCCAUUCGCCAUCGUGAAUGCGUCUUCUAUGUUGGGAGAGCUAGGAUACGAGAAAGAGCGAUCUACGUUGACGAGUUUGUUCAAUGCAAGCUGGUUCGUUGGGGCCAUCCUCGCCGCCGGUGUUACCUUUGGCACAUUCCAGAUGUCCAGCACUUGGGCUUGGCGAAUCCCGAGCUUUCUCCAACUUGUUCCCAGUCUCUGCCAAGUUAUCUUUAUGCCGUUCUGUCCAGAGUCCCCUCGUUGGCUGAUCAGCCGUGACCGACAUGAGGAGGCGCUGGAAAUACUGAAAAAAUACCACAGCGAGGGCGAGAACGGGGAAGAGUAUGUCCGUGUAGAGUAUGCUCAGAUCCAAUCUACCCUCGCUGAAGAAAAGGAACGCGCAACCAACUUUGUUUGGAAGAACGUUUUCCGAGACGCCCCUAUGCGCCGCCGCUUUAUGUUGGCCGGCAUCGUCGGCUUCUUCACUCAGUGGUCUGGCAAUGGACUGAUCAGCUUCUAUAUGAAGAAGAUACUCAACCUUGUGGGGAUAACAAACAAUCAGACCGUCCAAAAGGUUAUUCUGAGCGAGAAGUGCUGGGGACUGAUCAACGCCGUACCUAUUGCUCUCAUUGCACCCCGAUUCCGUCGUCGCGUGAUGUUUCUCAUCUGUUCCACUGGUACGCUGGUGGUAUAUGUGGUCUGGACAAUCGCAUUUUACAACAUUGGCUGGAACGCGCUGACCUACACUUACAUGGUGGAAAUCUUCCCGUACCAGCAACGUGCACAAGGUAUCGCAGUCGAACAGCUCAUGGUCCGCUUUGCCGUCUUCUUCAACACAUAUGUCAAUCCCAUCGCAUUGGAUUCCAUAGGCUGGAAAUAUUACAUCGUCUACUGUGUCUGGGUUCUGUUUGAGAUCUUCACCAUCUGGUUGCUUUUCCCCGAGACCCACGGACGAUCGUUGGAAGAACUCAGCUUCAUGUUUGAAGAUCAAUCUGUGAGAGACCGUGUGGAUAAGAACGUGGAGAAGGUGGUAGACACGGUCCAAUUGACGGAAUUCAAAAGCCAAGAACAGCGGGGCGGUGAUAAAGGGGCAGCUUAG